AUGGCAGCGGUGUUUGCUCUGCUGGUGCUGGUGGCCUGGCCAGCUGCCACCGCAGCAGUGAGGGUGACGCAGGACUCGCUGCUCAACGUCUGCAUGGACGCCAAGCACCAUAAAACAGAGCCUGGCCCUGAGGGGCAGCUCUAUGGCUGCCCCGUGCAGUGUGUUCUCUGGAAGGACAAUGCCUGCUGCACUGCCAACACCAGUUUGGAAGCCCACCAGGACCAGUCCUACCUGUACAACUUCAACUGGGACCACUGUGGGGCCAUGCCAGAGAAGUGCAAGCGCCACUUCAUCCAGGACACAUGUCUCUAUGAGUGUUCCCCUAACCUGGGGCCAUGGAUCGAGCAGGCAGACACCAGCUGGCGGAAGAAGCGGAUUCGGGAUGUGCCACUGUGCCAGGAGGAUUGUGAGCAGUGGUGGGAGGAUUGCCAGGAUGCUGUCACCUGCAAGGUCAACUGGCACAAGGGCUGGAACUGGACUACAGGUGAG